UACAAGGCCACGGAAAAGCCGGCAUUUGGCCAGGCAGAGCCUAAAACACCGAGUGGACUGAGCGUAUUUAGACAAAAUUUUACCUGAUCUACCAGAAGACUCCCCGCCAUGUUAGAUCUAUUUUUCUUCCCCGUCACAUGUGGGCUGUUCGGACUGUGUGCUGUCCUGAUUUACAUGUAUUUGAUGUGGCCUUACUCCACCUUCGAGGAUCUGGGUAUCCCCGGCCCGAAGCCUCUACCGCUGUUUGGGAACUACUUGUCGUACGGAAAGAGCGCAGGUGAGUUCGACAGGGAGUGUUACAAGAAGUUCAACAAAGUUUAUGGGAUUUUUGAAGGCCGACAGCCGAUACUUAUGGUCGGAGACUUGGAUCUUAUUAAAGACAUCACAGUGAAGGAGAGCAACAAUUUCACCAACAGAAGGGUGUUGAGUGGCCAAGGUGAAAUUCUCAGUAAGGGACUGACGGCGCUUAAAGAUGACGACUGGCGACGUUUCCGCAGUACCAUCUCACCUGCCUUCAGCUCUGUGAAACUCAAACAGAUGGCAUUAGUCAUCGAGAAAUAUGCGGACAACUUUGUGGCCAGCCUUGACAAGAACGCGAAACAAGACGUCAUGUUUAACAUGAAAGAGCUGUCCGGUGCCUACACGAUGGACGUUAUUUCCGGUACAGCAUUCGGAGUGAACGUCGACUCGCUACACGACCUCAACAGCCCCUUCGUCAGCAACGCCAAAGAUCGUUUCAACAUCAGUCUCUUUGACCCUUUUAUGAUUACAAUAUCUCUGUUCCCUCGGCUAGGGAAGCUCCUGCAGAACCUCGGAGUAACCCUGUACCCCAUCAAAGCGGUAGAGUUUUUCAGGGCGGCGGUCGACAAUGUCAUUGAUAUGAGAGGACGCAACGAAGACGAGGCCAAACGAGUGGACUUCCUGCAGCUGCUGCUCAAGGCUCAUAAUGAAGAACUGGACGAAGAAGUAUCAAAGGAGGUCAUCAGCAAACACGGUGUUUCCAAGAAGGAUAUCAAGCGUGAGUCCGUACUCUUCUGGCUCGGUGGUUACGAGACUACAGCCAACACCAUCUCUCUCACAACCUACAACCUGGCUGUUCAUCAGGAAGUUCAGGACAAAGUCAUCCAGGAAGUGGAUGCCAUCAUCAAGAAGCAUGGCAAACUGGACUACGACGCCGUUAACGAUCUGCACUACCUAGACAUGUGUGUUAACGAGACCCUAAGGUUGUUCCCUGCUAGUCAAAGGUUUGAACGUGUCAAUAAAGAAGACACGGAGAUCAGAGGUCUGAAAAUCCCAGCGGGGACCAUCGUCAACAUCCCCGCCUACGCCAUCCACCGUGACGAGGAGAUCUGGCCGGACCCGGAGGACUUCAAGCCUGAGAGGUUCAGUCCGGAAGAGAAGGAGUCACGUGACCCGUACGCCUUCCUCCCGUUUGGAUCCGGACCCAGGAACUGCAUAGGCAUGCGCCUCGCGCAGCUGGAGCUCAGAUUCGCUCUGGCCAAGGCUCUGCAAAAAUUCCGCUUCGUCCCCUGCGACAAGACGGUGAUCCCCAUCCGCAUCAAGAACACCCUGAGUAACCAGAUUGAAGGCGGGGUGUGGCUGAAGGUGGAGGCUCGUGCUUAGCAGGGUGUCUACAGUACACACUACAGUCUUAGCUAGUUUACCGGAACCCCCCCCCCCCUCAACACA